GGAGGGACCUUUCGCGUUAGCCAACAAAUCUGUAUAUAUCGCCCAACACACCGGUUCAAGCCCAGACGUGGUAAUUUGCAACGCUUGUAGUAGAUCGCGUCUGUGAUGGAUUCAUCCCCGUACAAGAGCUGGAAGAAUACCUCCAACUCUAGUCUACCAAGCUUUAUCCUCGAAGAGGACGGCCCAGCCAAGCUCGACCGCCCCGAACGAUUUCUUCGUCCAGAAUCAUUGAAUCGAGGCUCACCCUCGCCAACUCGAUCAAGUGGAAGGCUUCUUGCUCCCUCCAUAAUGGGACGUGAUGAUGCGACCGAAGUCGUAAGCCACGAGCAGUCCGAUGCAAAUCCGUUCAACUUUCAGACACAAGUCAUAUCUACUAGCCCAGUUAAGUCGAAUGUUGGCCAACGUCGAGGCCAUAGAUACAAACACAGUAGUAUCUCAACCCAGCAUCAAAUCUUCCAAGAGCCACCACAGAGGGCCCCGCCAGUUCUCCCAGCUUCGCUCCCGAUACCGACACUGAAGGAGGCAUGGGCUAGUAUGCGCCGAGAUCAGCGUAUGAGAUUAUACUGGAGCAUGUGCCACCUUGCGAUAUCGACGUUUAUAUUCUUCCGCUCUGAGGGUUCUUUAGCGGCAACUGCUUUAUCUCACCUCGUCUUCUUCGAUGCUGGCAGUGCUGCAGUUUGCGUGGUUGUGGAGGUGCUUGGAAACUUUGAAGUCUGGAGGCGCAGCAGUGUUCGGCAUCCGUUCGGCCUCGAGAGGGCAGAAGUGCUCGCUGGCUUUGCCAUGUCGAUUUUUCUCCUCUUUGGCGGCUUUGAUCUCGUCUCACACAAUUUGAAACAUUUUCUCGAGACUCUGGGGCACCAUGAGCCUCAUCACGAACAUUCUCAUGACAGACUUUCGGCGGGAUCUAUCGAUCUAGUGGCAGCCGCAGCCAUAAUCAGCACGCUUGCCUCCGCAUAUGGGUUAAAAAACCAUACAAGAAUCGCUAAAGUCAUGAGAGUCUCCUACCUCUCAUCGUUGCCAAGCAUUCUCUCAAAUCCUUUCCACUUUCUUACAUUAUUUUUCUCAAGCAUCAUUGCCUUGCUUCCGCUCUUUUCUAUUUCGCUUUACACUUGGCUUGAUAGACUAAUUUGUGCCACAAUUUCAUUGGCAAUGUUCACGUUGGGAAUGCGCGUAGCUGUUUCCCAGGGCCUAAUGUUGUUGAUGUCCUACGGAGGACAGGGCGGAAACAAUGGAGUGUCAACUGUCAUGCGUGAGAUUGCAGCAGAACCAAAUAUUAGACGCGUAGACGAUGCUCAGUUCUGGCAAGUUCAUUACGGCCUCUGCAUGGCAAAUCUCAAAAUCACUGUUGUUCGCGGCUGUGACGAGGUUUCAGUUAGCCGCCUACGUACACGUGUCGCUUCCCUUGUACAAAAUGCCCUCGGCGAAGGAUAUGGGUUGGGGGGGAAUGUUCGCUGGGAAACCACCUUUCAAAUUGCGACGGACGCAUAAAGCUUAAAACGGUUUAGAAAGAUAAAAAUACACUAUAUAACUUAUAAGCUACGAAUGAAAUAUAUUGAUGCAAUAGUUUUAGAUUAUACUGCUUCAGAAGAGUACAAAUACUUUUACUAACGACGCCAGAGGGUGUUGAAAAUAAUCAAUUGAAGGCGAGUGUCCUUGUGUGGAGGUGGUAUUAGCAUAUUAUAGAAUAAAGUACAAGUUUGUCGUUAAAAACGGUCAAUGUCCAUGGACCGUCCGUUUCAAGUUAAAAUAGACCCCAUCGGCCGCGCUCGUUCCCAGUUUCACGACGAGUGCUCGAUGCCAGGCGCUCUCGCUCGCGACCUUCAAGUUGUCGUAGGCUGUCCAUCUUCUCGAGAACCAGUUCCAGGAGCUCUUUGCGGCGGAUAACUUCGAGGUGUCUGCGAACCUUAGGGUCUUCCUUGGCAAACAUUUCAACCUCCGCGUCAGAGAGGUGUCUACCAAGACGCAAGUCAAGCUCUCUGGGGAAAUUGUAGUAGAAUUCAGAGAGCAAUUCUACGUUCAAAAAGAGAACAGCGGUGGAUGCGAUCUUGUUGGCAGCUGCAUCUAGGAAUACUUCAGGGCAAUAAUACUUGUUUUUCUGAACCGAGCAUUGCUUGGAUUUCGCUGCCAACAUGCGCAUUUUGAUUGUGUCAGCACGGUCACGGAGGAAGACCGCCUCACGUCCUGGUGC